AUGGACAACCCAGCCGUCAAGCCACUCGAGUUCACGCUCGCCAGGUCGUCCACGCAGUUUGAGACGAAGAAGAAGGGCCUGCUCCCGCCCUCGCACGACUACGUCAAGACCCACUUCGACAACGUCGAGUACUCGGACCUCCUCUUCCCCGGCCCGCACGGCCCGAAGAGCAUCACCAAGACAGCCUGGGUGGUUCCCAUCGCCUCCCAAACCGCCUCGACUGGCACCCUCGCCGACUUCCUCCGCACGCUCGGCGCGACGGUCACCGAGGUGGAUCUCGACGCGGAGGACGGAGACAGCGACGAGGAGGACGAGCGGGACGGCAACGCGCUCGUCGACGACGAGGCUGAGGAGGAGGAGGAGGAGGAGAGUGUGGAGAGGCAUUGCCUCUCGUCCGCCGCGCCGCCGCGGGACUCACCCGAGGCGUGGCUGGAGCAGUUCAAGAAGUCGCCCUCCGCUGCCACCAGCGUGCUCACCCUGCUCACCGCCGACGGCCAGCCGCCGCACGUCAAGCAGGCCGCCGCGGUCUUCUUCAAGAACAUGUGCAAGCGGCACUGGGAUGCGGAGGCCUCGGAGGUGACAAUCGGCGAAGACGUCAAGCAGCAGGUGCGCGACAACCUGCUCUCGCUCUUCCUCGUGGUACCCGAGUCGAUCCAGGCGCAGCUCUCCGAGGCCAUCUCGAUCAUCGCCUCGCACGACUUCCCCGAGCGCUGGCAGGCGCUGCUCCCCGCACUCGUGCAGCAGACCGGCGCGGCGCUCGGCGUGGCGCCAAAGGACUUCAAGAAGGGGACGGCGCUGCUGCAGAUCGGGCACUCGAUCUUCCAGCGGUACCGGCACGAGUUCAAGAGCGACGAGCUCUACAAGGAGAUCAAGUACGUCCUCGAGCUCUUCCAGGAGCCGCUGCUGCAGCUCUUUUCGGCGACACUCGCGGACCUGGCUGGCGCACAAGCGGCGGGCGGGGCGGCGGGGUGCAAGCUGGUCGUUGACACGCUGACCAAGCUCCUACUCAAGUACUCGAACCCCGCCCUCGCCGCCGACGACGACGACGCCGAGCCGGCCCCCACCUCGGUGCUGCAGGCCGCCGUGGUCGAGUCGCUCGCGCUCUACAUGUCCAAGUACGAGGAGGAGUUCCAGCCCUUCCUCGGCCCGUGCCUCGGCCACGCCUGGUCGCUGCUCACCUCAACCUCCCUCGCGCCGCACCACGACCUGCUCGUCACGACGAGCGUCCGCUUCCUCACCACCGUCGCCUGCUCCGCCGAGGUGCUCAACGAGGCGGACGAGGAGCUCUUCGAGGACCAGCCCUUCGAGUACGUGCGCAAGGACAUCGAGGGCUCCGACGCAGACACGCGGCGGAGGGUCGCGGUGGAGCUCGUGCGCGGUCUCUGCCGCAACUACGAGGUGCAGGUGACGCAGCUCUUCUCGGCAAACAUCAGCACGCUCCUCGAGCAGUACAAGCAGAACCCGGCGGCCAACUGGAAGGCGAAGGACGUCGCCAUCUACCUCGUCAUCGCCCUCACCAUCAAGGGGGGCACGGCGGCGCGCGGCGCGACGCAGACCAAUGCGCUCGUCGACCUGCACGACUUCUUCUCCCAGCACGUCCUCUGCGAGCUGCAGGCGGCGGCCACCGGGGCGGCGCCGCACCCGGUCCUCAUCGCCGACGCCGUCAAGUUCGUGUCAGUCUUCCGCGUGCAGCUCUCGCGCGCCGUGUAUGACACGGUCUUCCCGCUCCUCCUCUCGCUGCUCGCGUCGCCAAACCCGGUCGUGCACACCUACGCCGCUUCCGCCAUCGAGCGGCUCCUCACCGUCCGCGACGCGCCGACCGCCGCCGCGCCGGCGGGCGCGCGCCGCUUCGACGCGGCGGCGCUCUCCCCCCUGCUGCAGCAGCUGCUCACCUCGCUCUUCGCCAUCCUGCAGCGCGGCGGCUCGGAGGAGAACCCGUACGUGAUGCGCGCGAUCAUGCGCGUCAGCGUCGUCGCCGAGCAGGCGAUGGCGCCGUACGUGCAGGUCUGCGUCGACGCGCUCAACACGAUCCUCGGCCGCGUGUGCGCCAACCCGACCAACCCGACCUUCAACCACUACCUCUUCGAGACGGUCGCGUCGCUCGUCAAGUACAUCUGCGCCGCGACGCCCGCCGCCGUCAACGCGUUCGAGCAGCUCCUCUUCCCGCCCUUCCAGACCGUCCUCCAGAUGGACAUCGCCGAGUUCACGCCGUACGUCUUCCAGGCGCGCGACGGGCUUAGCGACGCCUACUCGCAGCUCUUUCCGCCGCUCCUCACGCCGACCAUGUGGGAGCGACCGGGCAACGUGCCCCCGCUCGUGCGGCUGCUCUGCGCCUACGCGGCCAAGGGCAAGGCCCUCGUCCUCGACAAGGUCCAGAUGGUGCUCGGCGUCUUCCAGAAGCUUCUCGCGCGCGGCGCCACCGACCAGCACGCGGCGCGCCUCCUCUCCGCGCUGUGGCGCGCGUGCGAGCUCGCCGAGCUGCAGCAGUACGCGACGCCCAUCUUCAACCUGUGCAUCCAGCGCGCGCAGGGGUACAAGAAGGUUGGCCCGUCCCUCGUCUCGACUUGGUCCGUCUUCCUGGCGCGGUACGGCCCGCGCGCGCUCUGGCAGCAGCUCGAGUCGAUCCAGCCCGGCCUGGCGAACAUGGUGCUGCGGGGGCUCUGGGGCGAGUGGGCGCCCUUCGUCAAGGGCGGCCGGGCGGAGCGAAAGGCCGCCGUGAUUGGCACCGUGCUCGCCGACGUCGACACCGCCGCCGCGCUCCUCUCCGCCGCAGCCUCCAUGCUGGCGGCCGACGCUGGCGUCGGCGACGGCGGCGGCGCCGCCGCCGCCGAGGAGGAGGAGGACGCCCUCGAGGUGGACGCUGCCGGCGGCGGCGGCGGCGGCGGCGGCGGCUAUGCGGCAGCGUUCGUGCAGCUCUCGUUUGCAGCCGAGGCGGAGGCGGACUUGUACGCGGAGCACACGCCGCAGCGCUACUUCGCUUCGGCGGUGUCGCAGCUCGGCGCCGCUCAGCCGGCGGCGCUCCAGCAGGCGGCGAGCAAGCUGCCGGCAGACAAGCAGCAACAGCUACAGCAGCUCAUGGCGCUGCAGUGA